GCCGCUCGUUCCGGAGCUGUUGUUUUGUUGCCCCGGUGCGGAUCUGCCCCGCGCUGUUGCCCCGUUUGUCCCGUUUCUGCCCCUGUUUGUGUGACUUUGGGCCGCUGGUUCUGAAAGAGGAUGAAGCCGAAACAGAAGCUGCGGCACGUGGUGGCCUGGAUGAGUCGCGCGGAGUGGGAGCAGCUGCUCGAGAACCUGCACUCCGGACAGGCGGCGCUGCAGACUCACGCGCUGCACAGGCUGAGCGCGUGGAGGGGCAGGUUUGGGAACAGUACUCCGGUGGCCGUGGAGAGCACCGCUAACCUGGUCCGCUGUCAGGUUCUGGACAGCUCCGGCAAACUGGAGGGAGACGACCUGGUUCUGCUGUACGGCAUGGCUCUGACCAGGUGUGUUAAUCUUAUCCUGGAGCGCCAGCAGGGGAGAGUCGCCAAAUCACUACGACAUCUAGCCAGCAAGCUGAAUAUUCCAGAGUGGAUAGUGAACCUAAGGCAUGAUAUGACUCACCGCAGACUGCCUUCACUCAAGUGGUGCCGCAAAGGCUGCGAGUUCAUCUUAAACUGGCUCCGGCAGGAGUACUGGUCCAGACAGCUGAACGGCCGUCUGAUAGAGGACUGGAGCUCUUCAUCUGAGGGAGAGGAAGACGAAGAGGAGAGGAGCAAAAGACACGAGGAAGAAAGGGCGAAAAGACAGAGAGACAUAGAGGCACACAAGAAGGCCCGAGAGCUGCUCAUCUCCUACGAACGAGAACAGUUUCAGGUCUAUGAGGAGUUGCAGAGCCGAAACUCAGAGCACGGCCCUUGGCCCGACGCCACCGCUGACCUCAGCUGGAUCCUCGCUCAGAUCAAACAGUUCAGCUCCGAGUCCAGAGAUGUACUGGUGGGGGUUUUAGUGCAGGAUGGCUUUCUGAUCCCAACAGCAGAGCAGCUGGAGUCGCUGGACAUCAACCCUUCAGAGGACCUGCUGGACCCGUUAACUCCAUGUUUGCCGAGAGUUUGUCUCCGUUUCUGGUUCCCGCUGUGGAAGGUCCUGAACUUGCCCUCGUUUAUCACUCUAAUCCUGGACAAGCUAUUCGCCGAGCUGUCUAACGAGCCAACCAAUCACAGGGCUUACUACAUCUCGGCCUGGAUCUCUGAGAUUCUGCACUGCAACAACAGAAGUGAGUCGAAAGCCGUUAGGAGGAUGAAGAUGAUGAAGGAGAGGAUUUUUGUCAGUCGAGUUCUGUUCCAGUGGCAGGAUCUGAUAACUGCGUGUCUGAAUGCUCCGUGUCCAGCUACGCCGUUUCUGCUGCAACAGAUUCUGAGUGACAUGGAUAAGCCCCUCCCCUCGGCAACACAGCAGAACUUGCUCCGCCUCUGCAGCAUCUACACGCAGAGUAACCACGGCGACUGUUCACCCAACAGCACUGACUCCUCCCAGCCUGUAUACACACUGGAGAGCCUGCAGGAGAGACUGGGUGGGGCUACACAGGACGGACACGCCCACUCUCCAAACCACACCCCUGGGUCGGCGCAGACCACGCCCACUCUAGACCUGCAGGAGCAUUUGAGCGCUGAAACGAUCCAGGAGAGAAACGCAGUGUUACGCGGGUCACCGUGGAGUGUGUGUACAGAUAAGGUCCCCUGGAAACUGUACCCGCUGGGGAAGGUUCCGGGCCAGUCGGAGGACCCCUCCUGUCUGAUGGUGGAGACGUACUCCACACUGACCGUGUUUGACCAGCAGGUGGAGCUGGACCAGAUCCCCCCUCCCCAUGCCAAUACAAGUGGGCUGAUGCAGAGCAGAGCCGGAUCAGACGGGCCGCUGUGGACCCACAACGACCUCAGCAAACUGAAGGCCGGAUUAAAGCUGUUCUAGAACACACACCGCUGCAGCGUACGUGUGUGCAUACGUACUCGACUGUUUUUGUACGAUGAAAACUUCAGUUUUUCUGUUCCCAGUGUUUUUUUACUCUGUUAGAAAAAACACCAGCUUCUCUUAUGUGAGCGUUUCUUUAUGAAAAUCGCUUGGAAUGCAAACCUGCUGCAUUAAUACACAUUAAAAAACGUUCA